UGAUGAUCGACGCGACAAUUUAAUCCAAGAUUUUAUCACUACUGAAGCCAGUUACGUUAAAAACCUAGCAUCUUUUAUUACAGUCCAAAGCCAGAAAUGAUAAUACUAUUUUAGGAUCUUAUGAAUGCCAUCAAGUAUUCAUGAAUAUCGAAGAAAUACACAAUGUCAAUUCAAAUUUUUAUCUUGGUUUACAACAGCAAUAUAAUCAUGAAAAUUCUUCUUCAAUUGGAUUGUUAUUUAGUCAUCAUUUACAUCAAUUCAAAUGUUAUAGACAUUUCCUACUUGGUGUUCAAAAUGCAAGAUCUUUUCAUACAAAAGAAAUCAAAACCAAUCCUUCUUAUCGAACUUUUUUAGAGAAAAUCACUGCUGAUGGGAAUCUUACUGUGUAUGACUAUCUAAUUUUACCCGUCCAGCGAUUAGGACAUUACAAAUUAUUCUUACAAGAGCUUAUCAAAUAUACUGCUGACUUGGAUCCUGAUUUUACUCAUCUUGUGGAUGCUUUGGCCAAAAUUGAAGAAAUAGCAAGUUUAUCGGACGAUUAUCACACCAAACUUAUUCAUAUCUUUCAAAAUAUGUUUCAGUCCAUUCAGAAUUGUCCAGCUUCUCUUAUUAGUCAACAACGCCGUCUGAUUUGUCAUUUGGAUGCUGUAGAACACGAAAUGCAAACAGGGAAACCUUUGAAUCCAGUCACUCUCUUUUUAUUUACUGAUAAGCUCAUGGUGGUAAAACGUCCUUCAUAUGAAGCAGAUGGAUUGGAGUUUUGUGGUUUGGAUCAAGAACGCGACAACCUUGGCAUGAUGUCUCUGUUGAUGAGAAAAGGUGAAUCUUCAAAGAAACUCGAUCGAAAACUCAAAUUUCAAGGUUGGAUUGGAUUAGAUGACGUGAAUGCAUAUCAAGGUGUAUCAGAUCUACCGUCCUCGUUUAUUUUGAUGGCAUCCAAUACUGAUAGAUCAUCUCCUGAAUCGGAUCAACAAUUGGAAACCUACUUUCAAGAAGACCGCGUACGUCUUUUCAGUUUGUCUUUUCCUUCAUUUGAUCAUUAUCCUUCAACAUCAUCACCAUCAUCACCAACUUCAUCUACAAUGUCAGCUACUACCAAUAUAUCCACCUCUUAUUCUCCUUCUCAACAAAAAUUUUCUCAUCAUAGAAAAUCAUCUCCAUUAUCCGAUCAGUCAAUGUUGGAAAAACGUGAUGCCUUUAUCAAACAAUUUGGAAAGUUCAAAGCUCAACUCAAAACGCAAGACAUCCCAGCGUCCUACCACUUUUGGAAUGGUCAUCAUUUCUAUGCGAACAUACAUGAUUCUCAAUAUUAUCAUACAACACCGAGCAAGAAUGAUACUGCCAUUGUCUAUAUCAAGCAGCACAACUUUGAUAUUCAAUCUGUCAUUGGGUAUGGAACUCCGCAUAUUUUGAUUGUUGUGUUAUCUUUGACAAAUGAUCAACACAGAAUUAUUUGCUCAAGUCGGGUACCAACUGGUUAUGAAGAAAACACAAGACAAGAUGGAGAGACAGAAUUAUCUACAGUGAAGCAUGUCAAUUUCAAACAUCAGCUGUUGUCCAAUGUCAUUCAUUGUAAUCAAGAACAUAUGCAACAAUCCGUUUCUCCUAUACCGUCACCUCAAAACAGUACCAAGUCCGUACGAGAUACCUUUCGACAACUCAAUAAACGAAAAAGUAUCAAUACCUUCAACAAGAUUCUUUCUGCCUCGGUCAAACCAUCGUCUCCAUCAAGGUCACACCCACAACAGAAACAGCGUCCCAAAAGUACUGGUUUUUAUCCUGAUAUCCCAACUGAUAAUAUUGUCGACUCAAGACAACGAACUUUGAAUCCGACAGUAAACCGACAUUAUCAUGAACAACACUCAAACGGCUUGGUCACUCCUUCUUCGAGCUUUCUGAACUAUAGAGCUUCGAUAGUCAAACAACAUCAGGAUACAAUGACAGGUUCCUACCGAGCAAGCAUACAUCCAACGCAAACCAUGUCAUACGAAAUCAAGACUUCAUCUCAAGAAACAACAAGAAAACAGUCAGCCCGGUCUCCUGGUGAUUCUAUUGAGGAACGCGUGAAUAUGCUAUGUGUGGCACUUGCUCAAGGAAUGGAUACUUCUUCCAAUAAUCUGGCAGAACAACAUAGUCGAACUACACCUCCACCUGUCGUUCCAACUACUCAACAUAUGGCUUCUAGUCAAGGAUAUUACUCUCAACCGUCUUAUUAUUCUACUAGCAUUCCUUUGACAGGAUCAACAAGCAGUGCAUCAUUACAUACAAUCGUACAUCGAAAGUCUUCUCCCCUUGGUCAGGAACCCCUUUUGGAAGCUACUGUUGGUAGAGCAAGCUUAUCAAAUAGCCGUCUUCAACAUCAUCAACAAAAGCAGCCUAUGGAUCAGGAAAGAGAACAACGGUCGAUACAACAACAACAAUCAACACCAGUGUCAUUAUCAAGUUCUGUGUCAUCAGUCUCCCCUUCUUCUCCAUCACCUCCUACCACCUUGGAUGCAUUGAUCAAUGAAAUGGAACAGAUGAAACUUGAUUUUGAUAAACGACUUUCACAAGUGAUCCAUGAUUAUGAAAGAACAAGUCUAAUUGUUCACAAGCUUACCCGGGAUUUACGAAAGGCAUUCAAUAAUGAAAUCGAACAACUUUUUGCUCAAAUCCAAUUGACAGUCGAUCAGAAAGAGGAUAUGGAUUUGGAAAAAACAUCAGAAUCUACCAUCCAUCAAGAACCAAAGAUAGGAUCGAAUACAUUACCUGAAACUCAAUGGCAAAAAAAAUUGGAAAUGACCAUCAAGGAACGCAAUCAAUGGCAUCAAACAGCAUGUCAAUUAGCAAGAGAACUCCAGGAUGUGACCAUGUAUUUAGGUACUGGUGGAAUGAACGAUGCUAUGGAUGAAGAUAAAAGAUCCCCCGUUACACCUUCUCAUACUACUUCGACACCUUCACGUUUCGUUGCAUCAAGUCCUCUUAUCUUUUAUUUUAGAACGAUUUGUAUUAGCAUAUAAAAAAUAAAACAAUUCAGUCUUGUUUCACCUAUAGAAAUUUGCUUAAUACGAUAUGCAACACAUCAGGAAUUACACAAUGAUACGUAAAUGCUUCUUGUGCCAAAAAAGAAAGAACAGUGUGUAACAAAUUCGAACCCCGCAGAAAAAACAUUGGAUGUUCAUUGG